UCGUACCGCCGCGCGCGAGAAAGAGAGCCAGAGCGAGAAAGAGAGGGAGAGAGACAGAGAGAGAAAGAGAGAAAGGGAGAGGGCCACAGAGAAGGGAAGUAACUUUUACUGCACAGCGCCGUUUCGGACACUCGUUCAUUUAUCUCGUCCCAACAGAAGUAACAGUAUUGAUAACUUGAUAACAUCGCGCGGUUUGUCGUGAUAUGUUUAACUUUCUUCUCCUUCGACAAGAGCUGUGAUAUAGAUAUAAACCAGCGCCGCGCAGAAUUGAUAUCUCCCCUCGAGGAGUUGAAGCGACACUUCCUAGAUCUAGAAUCUUGUCAGAAUUCUUGGGAAAAAACUAGAUAGAGAGUGACCUUGACCUCAAAAACCUGCUGACCUGACGUCCUGGCCCACUACCUCCGUUCUACGAACAGACGACAAGGACACAGACCGACCCCAGACAACAGAUUUCCCCUCAACCAACUCACAAACCUACCCCUCGUACAAAUCUGCUGACCGUUAACUUUAUUGCGAGUCUUUGAAAAGUCAGGCAGAAAUCUUCAACCAACACAACGCGUUUCAGCUUCUAUUAUCUAUUUCUUAUAUUUAUUCACAGUCAAGAAAAUCUCCCAAGUGAAUUCUAGGAGAAGUUGUUUAUUUAAUCAGCGUCUUGAUCUUACACGAGUUCAACAACUUGUGAUCUUACGCGGUUUUUCAACACACUGAAGAGUUUGCCUUGCCUCGGUAUUCGGGAAGGUUUCUUCAAUCAACGAAGGCUAUCGUAUUUUGAUACGGAAAAAUCAUACACAAGGGGGACUUUUGAAUCAUUUCGUGUUCUUUCAAUGUCCGUGUGUGUUCUUGCUCUGGUUCGUUGAGCUUUCGUGAAGAAUUUGGACAAACAGACAGAAUUUAUUCGUAAGGAACUCCUCUACCCCGUUUCUGGCUGCUUUCGUGUGAGACAAGAUGAAGGGUUUCUCAGACAUGACUUUGAAAAGUUUCACCUACAUCUUUCUCCUCCUUCUCUGCGUCGUGAUCCACACGGGCAUGUGUGAGGAGGGGUGUGGCCAGGGAUGUCAAUCACUGGGGAAUGACAACCACGAGCUGUCGCGAUGUGUCAGGUACGCUUGCAGGAGGCGUGUCUUCCGAUACUACAUCCGGUUCGGGAAGCGAGGAGGAGGAGGAGGAGUUGGUGAUGGUGGUAGUGUAGGAGGAAUGGGUAGCAGCGACCUGGAGCCACAGUCUCUGAGCGACCAGCGACUAAGUAACCUGCCCCGUCAUGAGCAACUGCAGCACCAGAGGUACCUCGUACAGCGCAGGCGUCUGCAGCAACAGCGGGAGGAACCACCGUCUAUAUUUAGAACGCCGGAAGCGGAAGGAGUCUACCCCUCUUUGACCUCGUCUAGAAUGUCAAGGCUGUACCCGCUCGUCCGUCUGCUGCUAGGGCAGAGAUAAUGACGUCACUGGCCUAUACCAGCUGGCAGAUCGGCGGAAAGGACAAGGGGGUGGGGGAAGGGGAGAGGGAGGGGGGGGGGAAGAGGGAGGGGGUAAAGAAAAUUGUCAGGACAGACUUACUUACACAACGCUACAUUUGAUGUGAGGCUGUAAGAGUGGGCAGCUCUUUAAGAUCAAUACCGCGCUACUCAAUUCAGAAACCGAAAAAAAAGAAAAGAAAAGACAUUCAUCAAGGUGGUUUUUAUCAAGUUUGGAAAUAAAACGUUCUCUGACAAUUACGA